UUUAAUUGAAACCAUAAUAAUAUUGCGCUGGGGCCUUUCGCACGGCUUCAUUAUCAAAGAAAAUGACCAAACUGACAGAGACGCGAAAAACCCCAAAGAGGAAAAAACCCGACGGCCAUUGUUCUCCUUCUCCAUGUCCGCCAUCCAAAUCGUCGAAAAAGGCUAAUGUCACAGCUGGUCCUUUCAAUGACAGUGAGCCAUUCCCCGAUUACUCUCAACCCACGCCGGAGGAAUGCCGAGCCGUACGGGAUGAUCUCUUGGCUCUCCAUGGUUUCCCCAAAGAAUUCAUCAAGUACCGCAAACAAAGAUCACUCGAUCACAUUGAAUAUGAAGAAGAUGAUACAAGUGGUGCUGAUUCUAGUACAGAGAGUGUACUGGACGGUCUGAUAAACACAAUUUUGUCCCAGAACACCACCGAAGCUAACUCUCAGAAGGCUUUUGCUUCCCUCAAAUCUUCUUUCCCAACCUGGGAAUGUGUUCUAGCUGCUGACGCAAAACUUGUUGAAGAUACCAUAAGAUGUGGAGGUUUAGCACCCACCAAAACUUCUUGUAUCAAGGGAAUAUUAAGUUCAUUGUUACAGAAAAAAGGAAACCUGUGCUUGGAGUACUUGAGAGAGCUAUCUAUAGAGGAAAUCAAAAGGGAGCUCUCUUGUUUCAGAGGAAUUGGUCCCAAAACGGUGGCAUGUGUCUUGAUGUUCCAACUUCAGCGAGAUGAUUUUCCAGUGGAUACACACAUUUUUCAGAUUGCAAAGACUCUUCAUUGGGUACCUGCUGCAGCUGAUGUGAAAAAAACAUAUAUUCAUCUGAAUCAGCGAAUUCCAGAUGAACUAAAGUUUGACCUUAAUUGUCUCAUAUAUACCCAUGGUAAGGUCUGUAGAGAAUGCUCUGGAAAAGGUUCUAACAAACCCAAAAAGGAACAAUGUGACAAACUUUGCCCAUUACUGGGCCAAAGUUCUAAUGCAAUAUGAAACUAAAUUAUGAACUCUGUAUCUAUUCAUGUACAUGAGGUCUUUGCUUUCUUUUUUGUUCUCUUUCAUGAUCCAUGAACUCUACGCAUCUAUUUGUGUACAUGAAGUUUUUGCAUUUUUUUUGUUCUCUUUCAUGAUCCCUUCACUUUUGGUGCUGCAUUUGGGUCUUGUUCACAAAGAUGAAACAAAAAUGUGGUGGAUUGAGAAACAAAAUUAAUUACUUCA